AUGGAGGAAAGCAUGAACGUCCUUCAUGACUUUGGGAUCCAGUCAACACACUACCUCCAGGUGAAUUACCAGGACUCCCAGGAUUGGUUCAUCCUGGUCUCUGUGAUCGCAGACCUCAGGAAUGCCUUCUAUGUCCUCUUCCCCAUCUGGUUCCAUCUUCGAGAAGCUGUGGGCAUCCAACUCCUCUGGGUCGCUGUGAUUGGAGACUGGCUCAACCUCAUCUUCAAGUGGAUUCUCUUUGGGCAGCGCCCGUACUGGUGGGUGCUGGACACCGACUACUACAGCAAUUCCUCUGCACCACUGAUAAAGCAGUUCCCUGUCACCUGUGAGACUGGACCAGGGAGUCCCUCCGGCCAUGCCAUGGGUACAGCAGGUGUAUACUAUGUGAUGGUCACAUCCACCCUCUCUAUCUUUCGGGGAAAGAAAAAGCCCACCUACGGAUUUAGGUGUUUGAACAUCGUUUUGUGGUUGGGAUUCUGGGCUGUGCAGCUGAACGUCUGUCUGUCACGAAUCUACCUUGCUGCUCAUUUCCCCCAUCAGGUGGUGGCCGGAGUCUUGUCAGGCAUUGCUGUUGCUGAAACUUUCCGCCACAUCCAGGGCAUCUACAAUGCCAGUCUCAAGAAAUAUUUCCUCAUUACCUUCUUCCUGUUCAGCUUUGCCAUUGGAUUUUACCUGCUGCUGAAGGGGCUGGGUGUAGACCUCCUGUGGACUCUAGAGAAAGCCAAGAGGUGGUGUGAGCGGCCGGAAUGGGUUCACAUUGACACCACGCCCUUUGCCAGCCUCCUGAAGAACCUGGGGACCCUCUUUGGCCUCGGGCUGGCUCUCAACUCCGGCAUGUACAGGGAGAGCUGCAAGGGUCAACGCAGCAAGUGGUUCCCAUUCCGCCUCGGCUGCAUCGUGGCCUCGCUCGUCCUCCUGCACCUCUUCGACUCUUUGAAACCCCCAUCCCAAGUCGAGAUGGUCUUUUACGUCCUGUCCUUCUGCAAAAGUGCAGCAGUGCCCCUGGCAUCUGUCAGUCUCAUCCCCUACUGCCUGGCCCGGAUCCUGGGCCAGUCAGACAAGAAGUCUUUGUAA